AUGGCUCUUGAGCCCGGGUCCGGUCGCCGCUCAGUGUCUCCCGAGAGCUCGGGUCGAGAAUCACCUAUUCCACGCCAAUGGAGGAACCAGCUGGGUGAAGAAGAUUAUGCCAUCAAAGAUAAAUCUUAUCGCAAAUAUGCACACGGAGUUGAUAGGGCACUUGUCUUGUUCGAGACAGCUUUGGAGGAAUGGGCAGACUACAUUUCGUUUCUGAACAAGCUCCUCAAGGCUCUACAAGCUCGUCCCAAGUCGAUCAAUGCCAUCCCGUCCAAAGCGACUGUUGCGAAACGACUCUCACAGUGCCUCAAUCCCUCCCUCCCGUCUGGCGUGCACCAAAAAGCUCUCGAAUUGUAUAACCUGGUAUUCUCGGUCAUUGGCAAAGAUGGUCUAUCGAGAGACCUACCUCUAUAUCUGCCAGGAUUGGCCACAGUCCUCUCUUUUGCUUCGCUAUCAGUCAGGGCACCAUAUCUAGAUCUCCUGGAACGGCACUUCCUUGGCAUCGACCCCCGAUCGCUUCGCCCAGCAAUGAAAUCUAUAAUACUUGCUCUGCUUCCUGGCCUCGAAGAAGAGACAAGUGAAGACUUUGAUCGAACACUGCGCCUUGUGGAGAGUUUCAAGCAUGCCAUUAGGCCCUCGUAUAGCGAAGAAAUCACCAAUCAGCACUCCUCAGGCGAUGCUUUCUUUUGGCAAUGUUUCUUCUUAGCAUCGAUCACUAGCCAGAGUCGUCGCUCUGGGGCACUGGCGUACUUGGUACGCUCUCUGCCGCCUUUGGGGCCAAGGGCAGCCCCUGACCCGAACAAGUCAGCGACAUCGCAAAGCGAUAGCGACGAAGAUACUCAAAGCAAGCUCGCGGAGCUUGUGACAUCCCCAGAGCCAGGGCUCUUGCUACGUUGCUUUGCGAGUGGCCUUUCUGAUGAACAGCUACUAAUUCAGCGCGGCUUCUUGGACCUCCUAGUUUCUCAUCUCCCACUAAAUGCUCAUGUUAUUCAGUCCCGAGUAAAGCCGGAUGACCUCGAACUACUGCUCAAAGCGGCCAUUGGCGUAGUCACUCGGCGUGAUAUGAGUUUGAACAGACGCCUUUGGGCGUGGCUGCUGGGGCCUGAACCAGCCGCUGAACAUGAAGCCAGCGGCGACAAUCCAUCCAGCCCUCCUGCUGACCAGCAUGCCUUCUUGGCUUCAAAGACUAACUAUUUCGAAGAAUUCGGAUUGCAACCCCUGACUAAGGCUAUCCUGCAAAUGAUUGAAAGCAAUUCUCAUAAUACAGCUAGUGAACGCGCCAAACCUUACAGAAUAUGCUUGUCUUUGAUGGAUCGAUGGGAAAUUGGCGGUUUAGUUGUCCCUGAAGUUUUUCUGCCCAUUAUCGAGAGCGUACGUCGAUUCAAGGACAUUGCCUCAAGCAAGACAGAGUUUAGCGAAGUCUUGCGGAGUGCUAGCGUCUUCUUCGAUGGUAUCGAGAGCGGCCUCAUCUAUGGUGAGAUUGCUUCACUUCUUGCCCAGGCUUUGGGUCCUGGAGCUCUCAGUCCACCCGAGCGCAACGACAAACUUUCACUCGUCAACUUUAUCUUGUCCAACUUCAACGUGCGGGAGGAAGAGAUGGUCACACUUCAUGCACCUCUGUGUUGUCUGACAGCAUUGGCUAUGCUCCAAGACUUCAAAGAGCGCGUCUCCGCUAAGAACCACUUGGAUCCGCAAAUGUUGUCCCUUUCUACCCAAGCCCUGAGCGUUGCUAUGUCACUCUUGGAGCUCGUUCCAGAGAGGGUCUUUCCUGUGAUCAGCAAGGACUCAGAGAAUCGAAGCAGAAGUUUGCCGACAAACGUGGAGAUUUUGAAGAAGUCACAGAGCUUUUAUGUCAAUGAACAGGGUAAUAUUGAGGCGUCUGCUCCCCCCUUUAAUGCUUUGACUAUAGGACGAGCUAUCCUGGAAAAGGCUGCUCAAUUUGUCUGCCAGGAUAUGGUAUCAUCUGAGACUGAUCUCAAUGCUUGUAUUCGAUUACUCGUUCUUGUGAUCCACAAGACCCCAAGAACAUAUGAAGCCAAAGAGGAGGAACUCCUGCAACUCAUGCUUGGACUCCUUGAACACCCAGAUAUCAUGGCGUUUUCGUCCUUCUCGGCUAUCCUGCAACUGUUGACUCAGCUUUACUAUGCUGAGAGGAUCGAGACAGCACAAUUAUCAAGUCUGGUGCCUCUCUUGGUCCGGCAUGCCUGGACUUACCUUUCAGCAUCUGAGCCAAAAUACCAUGUCGAAGCAGUCAGGUGUUUAUGGCAAUUGCAGUCGGCUCUGUCCACAUCCAAUCGCGAUAUUGAAGCAGCAUUGUCCAGUCUUAUCAUCUCACAAGAGACCGCUCGUCUGGGAGCUAUCGAGGCUGUUGACAAAGGUCGUGCUUUGAGUGUGCUAUGGUCACACACUUUACAAGACAAUGUGUCACCUGAGCGUCGAGGUUCUAAGACCCCGACACAGGAUAUGAAAAGCGUCCCGCGCCUUGCGGGAGCCGACAACUACGAUAUUAUACUCACACAGCCAGUAUUCCUUAUCCUUGAUGCCCUACAAGACGAUCGGACCCCUUUAUAUAUGACAGUCAAGGCUUGGCUUAACACAAUGCUGGGGAUUGAUAGGCUCUUUCUGUUAUUCAUUUCCAGGUUAUCCGGCGUACCCUUCUUGCAGACCCUAACACAGAAUGGCGAGAAACCCAAUCAAGAUUCAUUGUCGUUCUCCGAGGACGCGGAUCUGGAUCUUUGUCUUUACUACCUCAGAACACUUUCAAAUAUAUUGACGUGCGCUGGAGAUAUUUCAUGGACCGUGCUGUCGUCCAAACAUGUUUCCUUUCAUGGUCAGCAUAUGCAAAUCAGUUCUGGGGGUGAAGAAAAUGAGAUGACAUUGCAAGAGUUCUUUGUUCGCGUAUGCAUGAGGUGCAUAACGGCCAACGCCCCUGACAAUGCUACUAAGGAGUUUGAAGAUCGUGUCAACCAGCUGUAUAGAUACGCACUCAGCCUUCUGCAUAAGUUUCUCAUUAGUCCUUUUGCUGCCUCCCUAUCAGCUCAGCGCCUUGAAAAUGUACUUAUCGACCGACUUGAGAAGUCUCUUCACAGCUCGGAUGGAUAUGUGCAGGUUCUUUUGCUUGAUGUUGUUUAUGAUACACUCAAGCUUAGAGAUAUCACCCCGGCUGACGUUCCAACUUCCCCUAUAUCUGAAAGACGACCAUCCUCAUUCGACCCAAGGGGAAGUCGACCAUCACUUUCAGUGUCAGAAGCCCGGAUAAUCUCGCCACCGCCACCUCAACUUCUCCAGUGCCUGCAAGACGGUCUCAGCUCACCCAGUAGCCGCCCGGUUCUAGACAGCUGGGUUGCUUUCGUGUCCGAGUGCUUGCCGCUAUACUCCGACUCUAUCUUCCAGGUACUUAUUCCCUUGGUUGAGACACUUUGUAGAGAAAUCGGUAAAACCUUUGCCAACUUGCGGGAAACUUUCUCCUCCACUGCCCUAUCUCCUGGUAGCGAGAAAUCGUCACCUGAGUCUACCCUUAUUUUCCUCCUCAAUGGCCUUGAGCAAGUUCUGGCACGGGCACAUCAGCAGCUCCUGAACGAGGAGGCUCGUACACAGGUGGUAAAGAGCCCGGAUCAGCCCCAGUCUCUCUUCGGAAGCAUGGUGUCAAACGUGUGGCAAUCAGAUACCCCCCAGUCUCGCAGUGCUACGGCAAAUGACCGACUGACGGUCCAUCUGGCGUUCCAGGAUGCUGUCCGCAUCUGUUUCAAGAUUUGGACAUGGGGUCAAGGCAAUGACUCAAGCAAGCAAGAUCAAGGCUCCUUUGGGUCAUUCAACUAUACAUCCUUGCGCAUGCGUAAUCGUGCUAGGAGAUUACUUGAACAUCUCUUCGCUGCAGAGAAUCUCCAAUGCCUGGAGACGGUCAUUGCUCUAUGGAAACAAUCAAUUGAUGGUGCUGAGUCAACCCAGGUCUUCAAUAUGCUUUCUGCGUUAGAGGCAUGCCGGCCCAAGCACUGCAUACCUGCCUUGUUCAAUGCCAUCUACCGGAGGACUGGUGCCGGUGCCGGUGCCGUAGACACUGCAUCCAAGUCCACAAUGACAAUAUCCCUGCAAGACACUGAUCUUGUCUGGUUUCUUGUGGAGUACACAAGGACCUUGGAUGAUGAUGCUAUGGACGAAAUAUGGCAGGAUUGCAUGGCGUUCCUCAAAGACCUUCUCACGAACCCAUUCCCACAUAGACAAACACUGCCAAACCUCCUGGGAUUUGCGGCUCUUUUAGGCGAGAAAGUUGACAACACCAACUUUGGAGAACAAAGGAGGAUGAGAAAGGAACUAGGGGACACCUUUAUCCGUCUCCUUGCUGCUCUUUUCACUACAAGACCUGUGGCGUUCACAGACUCAACAACAUCGGGCGGUGGUAUUCCUAAGUCCGACUCUGGGAACUCCCUGAACGGAGCCAGCGGAGGGCCAGAUGACAUCAUCUCUAUAUUGGCCUCUAUCGUUCCAAAGCUGACAAAAGUAUUGGUUGAGCCUGAUAGAGUCCUCUCUGCUACGGCCACUAUCUCUACUAAUGUUAUUGGACCAACCUUGAGGGCCAAAGGAUUCCCUGACAUAGUAUCGAAGAACACGAUGUGUCUUCUGCACGAAUUAUCACGAGUCCAUAAUAACCAGAAGAAUUGGAAGAAGGAUGUGGGUGAUGCUUUUAACGACUCCAAGUUCUUUGGUAUGGAUCUUGAUUUGGCCAAGGAAGACUGGCUGCCAUUGUUAAGACAAUGGACUCUUACGGACAAGGAGAAGAUGCCAGAGAUCGUGGGUCGUAUCAAUGCCCCUUCGACAGCCGGCAUUGUUUUUGGCGUUGGAGCAACUUCAGCUCGCCUCGAAGCUGAUCGCAAGACGCAACUCAACCUCCGGAGAAUUGCCACAUUGAUUAUCGCGGGCUCUGAAGACGCAUUCGUUUCGGAUCUGUCAGAGAUAUUUAGUAGACUGGCUGAGCUUCUGGGCGCCUCGUCAACAUCCUCGCCAUCAUCAACUACAAGAGCGGAUAUCUACAUGGUAUUCCGUGCACUGGCAUUGAGAACUAGUGCUAUCCAUCUAGGCAUGUUAUGGCCCGUUGUCAACGCUGAGAUUCAUGCAGCAAUAUCUUCUGUAGCUGCACCCGACAACAGCACUGCUUCUGACACUUACACCAACGCCGCAGUUUUGCAGGCUUGCAAACUUUUAGAUCUUUUGAUCUGUGUGGCACCGGAUGAUUUCCAGCUUCAUGAAUGGCUCUUCAUCACUGACACCAUCGAUGCCGUGUAUCGGCCAUCCACCUAUCAACCUGUAGCCCUCGUUGACGAGCUGUCUGACGAGCUCGGGGCUUCCGUCAAUAGCUCUGGCUUCCAAUCCUCUUCCGUUGUCAACCCAGUGGCACGUGGCUCAUCUCGACGACCCCUUCUCGGACCAGGGGGCAUUAAUGAUGAUGUCAGCCUUGAUAGAAAGGAUGAACUGGUGGCCAAGGUACUCCGGCCCUUCUUUGGACAGCUUAGCAUCUUUGCCUUUGAGUCUACUUACGCAAUGGGCCGAGUUGAUCGAGAUGCCUGCAUCUCAAGCUUAUUGAAGGAUAUUUUUGAUGAGAGGAGUAUAGUUAGGGCAUUGUAG